AUGGAGACGUUACACGACGGUCAAUUGUCUUCGGAGACGUUACACGACGGUCAUUUGUCUUCGGAGACAUUACACGGCGGUCAUUUGUCUUCGGAGACGUUAAACGGCGGUCAUUUGUCUUCGGAGACGUUACACGACGGUCAUUUGUCUUCGGAGACGUUGCACGACGGUCAUUUGUCUUCGGAGACGUUAUACGACGGUCAUUUGCCUUCGGAGACGUUACACGACGGUCAUUUGUCUUCAGAGACGUUACACGGCGGUCAUGUGUCUUCGGAGACGUUACACGACGGUCAUUUGUCCUCGGAGACGUUACACGACGGUCAUUUGUCUUCGGAGACGUUAUACAACGGUCAUUUGUCUUCGGAGACGUUACACGAUGGUCAUUUGUAUUCGGAGACGUUACAAGAUGGUCUUUUGUCCUCGGAGACGUUACACGGCGGUCAUUUGUCUUCGAAGACGUUACACGACGGUCAUUUGUCUUCGGAGACGUUACCCGGCGGUCAUUUGUCUUCGGAGACGUUACACGACGGUCAUUUAUCUUCGGAGACGUUACACGAUGGUCUUUUGUCUUCGGAGACGUUAUACGACGGUCAUUUGCCUUCGGAGACGUUACACGACAGUCAUUUGUCUUCGGAGACGUUACACGAUGGUCUUUUGUCUUCGGAGACGUUACACGACAGUCAUUUGUCUUCAGAGACGUUACACGACAGUCAUUUGUCCUCGGAGACGUUACACGACGGUCAUUUGGCUUCGAAGACAUUUCACGAUGGUCUUUUGUCCUCGGAGACGUUACACGGCGGUCAUUUGUCUUCGGAGACGUUACACGAUGGUCUUUUGUCCUCGGAGACGUUACACGGCG